CUGGUGUUUCACAACGAGGCUUCAGCUUAAUGAAGAGGCGAUUGACAAAACUUGCACGGGGUCUCAACAGGCUAAUUCUUUUAACAUAUACAUACAUCAUUAUUUCUUUUAGGUGAUCUUUUAUGUGGGAUCACAUUGAUUAACAGUUAAGCAUGACAUUGCCAAAGAAGAAACUGGGAAAUGGACUAAAAAUGAUAGCCAGUGUUUCCUUUGUGGAAAAUGGAUCUAAGACCAUCUGUGAUAUAUGGCUGAUAGACUCCUAUUAUAGAGUGGUUUCAGCAGAAGACUUAUACUGCCAACUGCAGAGCUGCCAGCAUGAAAACUCCCUCUUUAACCCAUACAAUCAAAAUAUCUGUGAUCAGGAAAAUAUAGAAAAUGUUCAAGAAGGAUCAAAUAGUCUGUCACAUUUAACAUUGCAAAACUGUUAUGACGAUGAGGACGAGGACCAAACUUGUGUUUCCAGCAACCGAAUGAAUACUGCUACAUUACCUCAAUUGCACAACAGGAUAUUGUCUCGAGUAAAAAACACACCGUCCAUUAGUGAAUUUUAUGACAUGUCUGUAAAUGCCAUAGUAGCAGCAUGUUUGAUACAGACAUUAAAAUUGUCUUCAGUCUUUUGUUCUGGGUUUAUAAGAUAUACAAGAAGAAAGAUUCUAAGAUUAGAAAAGUUAAGAAAAACAAAGAAUGACUGUUUGAUCUUGGAAAUGCAGUUGCAGUGGCCAGAAAAAAUUCCUAUAGACUUUGCAUGGUGCUAUAGAGUAACAGACAUGGUGGUUCAAAGGUUAAUUUUAGAUGAAGCUAUGGCGUGGCUAUCUACACUUGGUGGAGCAUAUUCUGCACUUGGAGAAUACUUUCAGUUUCAUGCACAGCAAGCUGGAAAUGUAUCCAUGAAGCAGUUAAAAGUAGCCUUGAAAGUUGGAGAUCCAAUUUCUAUAGCUAAAUGUAAAGUUUUCUAUGCACAGAGUUUAGUCCAGCAAGGACAUUGGAAAUUGGCCAAGAAAAUUAUAAGGGUUCAGUACCAGUUUGCAAUCACCAUGGGUAGAAGAGAUAAAAUACUAGUCUCCAUGUGCCAUGCAUUAUGGGGAAAGUUGCAAUAUCUAAAAAGACAAAGGAAAAGCACAAAUAGUCAAAUUGAUCCUGAAAGAUAAUUAAAAAUAAAACCUUUUUUUGUCAUUUUUCUGUAGUUAUUUUCAGACAUUUCACAUGAACUGAAGCUGCUUAUGGGACAUUAAAAAUCUUGAUUAGUGCUCAAGCAUCUUUUAAUACCAACUGAUUUAAAAGAAAGUUCCAAUUAAGGAAUCUAAAUCAUGUGUUCUAGUACUAUACCCCAGUACAUGCACCCUUCAGUGGGCUACAUGCAGAGAUAUAUUGAAAGGUAAAGUGCAGCAGUUAUCUACAGUUAAUAGAUCUUAAUACUGUUUUAAAUAUUGCACUGAAUUCACGAAGAAAAAUUGUUUUUAAAAAUGCAUUAA